AUGUCAAAAAAGAUAAAAGAUCCAAUAGAACUAUUUCAUUCUGGGCAGCUGGUAAAAGUCUCCGCCCCAAUGGUUCGAUAUUCAAAGUUAGCUUUUAGGACACUAGUAAGAAAGUACAAUUGUGAUCUGUGCUACACACCAAUGAUAGUGGCUGCUGAUUUUGUCAGAUCUGAAAAAGCCAGAGACAGUGAAUUUACCACAAACCAAGGUGAUUGCCCAUUGAUUGUUCAGUUUGCUGCUAAUGAUGCAAGACUUUUAUCUGAUGCUGCUCGUAUAGUCUGUCCUUAUGCGAAUGGAAUAGACAUUAACUGUGGUUGCCCUCAGAGGUGGGCAAUGGCUGACGGUUAUGGAGCUUGCUUAAUAAACAAGCCAGAGCUUGUUCAAGAUAUGGUGAAACAAGUAAGAAAUCAAGUGGAAAAUCCCAGAUUUUCAGUAUCUAUUAAAAUAAGGAUCCAUGAUGACCUUGCAAGAACUGUGGAUCUUUGUCGAAAGGCUGAAGCAACGGGAGUCUCCUGGAUUACAGUCCAUGGGAGAACCGUUGAAGAAAGACACCAGCCAGUUCACUAUGAAGCCAUUAAAAUAAUUAAGGAAAAUAUGUCUAUACCGGUUAUUGCUAAUGGAGACAUCAGAAGCUUAAAAGAAGCAGAAAAUGUGUGCCAUAUUACUGGCACAGAUGGUGUGAUGGUUGCAAGAGGACUCUUAGCAAACCCAGCCAUGUUUGCUGGAUAUGAAGAAACCCCCCUGAAAUGUAUCUGGGAUUGGGUUGACCUCGCUCUUGAACUUGGAACUCCUUUUAUGUGUUUCCAUCAACAUUUAAUGUACAUGAUGGAAAAGAUAACUUCCAGGCAAGAAAAAAGAGUAUUUAAUGCUUUGUCAAGCACAGCAGCAGUCUUAGAUUACCUUACAGACAAUUAUGGGAUUUGA